AAAAUAUUAGUGUGCGAUGUUGUCAAUGUACGGAGUGUCUUGUGACCCCUGACACCACCUCACGCUUCAAACUAGCGUUAUGAAAUAACAUUUGAGUAUACCUCUUGGUAUACAAAGUAUACACGUCAACUACAGUCACUAAGAAUUAGCUGAGAGUCUUCAAGAUGUGUGGAAGAACGGCCUGCACUCUAGCACCAGAUGAAAUUUGCAAGGCGUGCAGUAGACUGACAGUUACCGACAGUGGAAAGAAGCAAUACCAAGCCACUCAGUGGCAGGACCACCCAGGGAAUUAUUCUUAUUCACCAUCAUGUAAUAUGGCUCCAUCUCGCUUCACUCCUGUUAUGAUAAGUGAUCAGCAUGUUCAAGGUACAAAGAGGAGUCAUGAUGGUGAGAAAGUAGCUCUUCAGCCUGUCAUACAGCCCAUGAUGUGGGGGCUUAUUCCUCCAUUCUAUAAGGGCUCAUCUCCUACUGGCCAUGGCUUUAAAACUAUCAAUUGUAGAUCUGAAGAUAUAGAGGAAAAGAAAACUUACAAACCAUCACUUAAUAAAGGUCAAAGGUGUGUUAUCUUGUGUGAUGGCUUUUAUGAGUGGCAGACCACGAAAGGAGAGAAAGACAAGCAGCCUUAUUUCAUAUAUGCUUCUCAACCGAAAGGGGUUGAAAUAUGGAAUCAAGAAAGCUGGAACAUGCCAGAUGUAUGGAGUGAAGAGGAAGGCUGGAAGGGACCUCAGUUGCUAAAAAUGGCAGGAAUCUUUUCACAUUGGUUUUCAACAGAGGGAGAAGAAGUGUGGAGCUAUUCUCUGUUGACCAUGGAUUCUGGGAAGAAGUUUUCUGAUCUACAUCACAGAAUGCCAGCCAUCCUAGAGACAGAUCAAGAUGUUGAAGACUGGCUAGACUUUGAACGCAUUGGCUACAAGGAUGCCCUAAUGAUACUGAAGAAUGACGUUGAAUUAACAUGGCAUCCUGUCUCAAGUGAUGUUAAUAAUGUCCGCAAUCAAGAGCCUAAUUUGAAUGCACCUGUCAGCAAGGACAAGAAGCCACCAGACACACCUAGUAGUAGACUCAUGUCUGCUUGGUUGAGCAAAGGUACAGUAAAAAAUGUUAAAUCAACACCUAUAAAAAAUGAAUCAUUAAAACCAACUGAACAAAAAGAAAAGAAGCCAUCGUCCCUUGAGAAAUGGCUUAAGAAGGAAUCUGAUCAAAGUACUGGUGAUACUUGAACAUAUAUUCAGAGCUUUUAUGUGACAUUUGGAUAUCAUAUCUACAACACAAUUAAAUUGUUGGAACAUGAUCAUGCGUGUUAUGAAAUUUAAAUGUUCAUCCAAAGCCAUACUGAGCAAGGAAACUGUAUUUGUUAUGAACCUGUACAAUAGUUAACAUCUGUAGAGCAAAUAUAUUUGAUAUUACAGUACAGUAUAUUCUUUUGACAUGUAGAUCAUUUAACUUGCAGUAUAUUUUUAAAAUUGCAUACAUUUGAUUUGAAGAUGAAUAUAUUUUUUUACUUUCAUUUUGCUUUUCAUAGCAGUGAGUAGUUAUUCUACAAAAUUCAUGUUACUUUCCUCUACACUCUAUUAAAAAGGAUACAAAAAAGUCAAAUUCACUUGUUUGUUUUUAAGAUCUAAAUAUUGUACUAAAGGUCAACUACCUUAUACUGUGUUUCAACAUGUCAGCGGUGUUAUAUUUUCCAACAUGUUGAUAGGUACAGUAUUUAGAUGCUUUAAAUUUUGGAAGGUUCUUUAUUUGUCAACAUUUACAAUUGAAUUUUGUUUCCUUGGCAGUGUAUUUAUUAUUCUUUUUAUAUCUUUGUUUUUAUAUCUUGUAUCUUUUGAUAUCUUUGUUUUUAUAUCUUGUAUCUUUUGAUAUCUUUGUUUUUUAUAUCUUGUAUCUUUUGAUAUCUUAUAUUUUUUGCUUUGUAAUACUAACUUUGUGUUUCAUGUCUGUUGUUUCAAGCAUUCCAUUAUUCUUACUCAGUUGUUGUUUUUAGUAAGUCACACAUUCCCCUCUCAUAAAAGCAGGUUAAGAAAUUUUCUGUUGGACUAAACAUUAACACAAAUAGGAAAAUAGAAUUUCCUGGAAUAAGCCCGUAUUAGCAAAUUUACUGUACUGUAUAUACUUAUUUACCGUAUAUCUUGCAAAUGAACAUUAUAUCCAGUGACAAUAGCCACAUUUAUUGACACAGGCAACUCUCAGUGAUCUGAAUUGCUGAAGAAUCUAUCAACGAUCUGCAGUAAACAACUGUUUUAUCUUUUUCUACAGUACAGUUUAAGCCUGAUAAAGACUAUUAUUAUAAAAUACACACUCAGGAAAUUUAUAUACAGUAGUUAGUUCCAGAUCAUCAAGAGUUUCUUGCACCAUUCACUGACAAUAGCUUCAGUUACAUUUGGAGUGGUAUGUUCUGCCUCUCAUUCCAUUUAUGUUGUCAUUACAUAGCAAACUGAGAAAGUUCCAACCCUCAUCAACCCUUCAUUUCUUUAUGUUUUAAGUGUAUAGUGUAUUUAAGUGUAUUUAUAGUCUAAUACCUCAUUCACAAAUUAUUCUGGCCUUUCAUUAUGGAUGAUAAAAAGAUUUGUAAGCAAACCUCUUGGAUCCACAGUUAUUGGUAUCGAGUCUACUCUAGUACAGUACUGUACUUUUAACACAUCACAACUACAUUGUUCUCUUGAAUAUACUCCAGAUAUGGUUUACUCAGUUUUGCUUUAUGUUUUAUUUCAUGUUUUUCAUGCUUUAUGUUUCAUUUAUUUCAUUUUCAUUUAUUUCAUGCUUUAUGUUUAUAUUUAUGUUGUAUUUAUUAACAGCAGAUAUUUACUUUACUGUUUUUACUGUUCACUUGUUUAUUUUAUUUUUUAAUGUUCUGCUAAUAAAAAAAUUCAGAAUU